UUUACAGCCGCCAUUGAAAGGUGAAAACUCUCCGCAAUGAGUCUAUAAUAACAUCUAAUAUUUAGUGGUUUUUAGUUAGUAAAAUUGAGUGAAUAGUGCUUCAAAGGAUACCUUUAAUCAUGGAUACAGCAUGACGCAUCCGAAUCACCAAACCAACGGUGCCAGUUUGGAGGAUUGUCACACAAACUUCUUUGCACUGACGGACCUUUGCGGAAUCAAAUGGCGUAAGCUGGUAUGGGGCGAGUCGACCGCAGGAGGGGUGGGUGUGGGGACGGCAGGUCCGCCUCUGGAGGACCCGGUGCUGGCUUCCUUCUCGCGGUGCCUGGCCGGCGACAUCCUGUGUGUGUGGAGGCGGGUGUCGGGAGGCGGUGGUCACUCAUCGCUGGCCUCCGCCUUCGACUCGAUGGGUGGCCUGGGGGGCGAACCGCCUCCGCUGCCACCUCCGCCUCACCACCGGCCGCCCCCGCUGUCCCUCCGGAGUGCCAAGGAGCUGUGGAUAUUCUGGUACGGGGAGGAGCCAGACCUCACCAACCUCGUCGCCCAAGAACUGCUCGUUGGCGAGGGUGACCAAGGAUCUUGGGAGAAUGGACUGUCCUAUGAGUGUCGCUCGCUGCUUUUCAAGGCUCUGCAUAAUCUUAUUGAAAGAUGUCUUCUCUCAAGAGAUUUUGUACGUCUUGGAAAGUGGUUUGUUCAACCAUAUGAUGGCUCUGAAGUUAUGGAGAAGAGUGGUCACCUGUCGUUUUCGUUUGCAUUUUUCGUGCACGGCGAGAGCACAGUAUGCGCGAGUGUCGAUGUGCGCCAACACCCUCCUGUGCGCAGUCUCAUCAAGGCCCACCUACAGCAGGCGCACCAAUCUAUUACCAAUGGACCCGGUGUUCAAGUGAUUUUGGCCCCGUAUGGAUUGGCUGGUACAUUGACGGGGCAGAGUUUCAAGGCGAUGGAGCCUUCGACGCAUCGCCUUCUCGAGGACUGGCACCACUUCUAUCCUAUCGACACCCUGUCUCAUGGUGAUCUGCCACCCGUCGUUGAAGUUGUUGUUGGUGGUGUGAAAAUGAGAUAUCCUUCGUGUUAUGUCCUUGUAACUGAUCUAGAUGAAUCUACUACUAACUUAAUAGCUGCUCCAGCAUCAGGAAUCAAGUCAUCAUGUGUACCAAGUACAGGUGGCGUGACCGUAUCAGUGGUGGCUCAACACCAACACCACCCUGAGUGUAUGGCGCAUAUGCCCACACCCGCCUCCGUGCUGCCCGAACGAGUGUGGCAGGACUCGACGCUUGCAGCACCCACCACAAACACCACCCCAGGCCCGCCCGCCCCCGACGCCAGUCCCGGCCACUGGGACUUCCACGACCCCGUCAGAAAGCAGACCUGCUCUUGUUCAAAGUGUAAAUCCCGUUCGGGGGGUUCUAAUGGUAAAGUGUCAAAAGGGCGCGUGCCCUUCCAUAGGCGUCCGCGCCCCUCCACCCUGCCAGACGUGGAGGCCCUUUUCAGAUCGACGUCAUCGUACGGCGGCCACCAAUCGACGCCGCACCAUCAGCAGAACGACUCGUUGCCCGUGCCGUCAGUGGGCUCACCGCAGUCGGUGGCCCCCUCGCCCCUCCCUAAUCCACAUUCGGUGCCCCCCAACCCUCCAUCCGUUCCCCCUCCCGACCCCAUCAUGCCCACUCUCUCCCCCCAACCGCCCCACCCUCCUCACCACGACGAGAAGAUCGUCCGCACUCCUUCCGACUUUCAUCAGCCCAAAUCCGUGUCUUCUGUUAACAAUCAGGUAUUCUCUCCUUACCCUUCUGCGCUGAGCGUGGAAGCGUCGAAACCGGUGGACAGCGUGGGGGGACCUGGCAGUGUGGCCCCGCCCCCGUCCGCACCGCCCCCCUUGCCGCCCCCGCCCCAGGAGCCGCCUCCGCCCACACUCAAGCGGCCCGUGCUCUCUUCCAAGGACUACGAGGCCGCACUACUCGACGAAGACCAGCCGUCGCAACUUCUCUACGACUACUCCACCAUGAAUGCUUGGUUGAACCAUCCUGUGAAAAAAUUUAAACCAUCUGAGCCAAAGACACUUGAUCAAAGCCGGCACAAUCUUUACAACUCGUACCAGCUGCCGACCGCCAACAAUCAGCUGUUGCAGCCUCAGCUUCAGGCUGCUCAAGGUCAGCUGCAGCUGCAGUCGCAGGCUGCACAAGGUCAUCUGCAGCUGCAGUCACAGCAAAUGCAGCAGCAGCAACCCUCUCCCUCACUCACGCCGCCUGUUUUCAUCAAACAGGAGCCUGGCCUCAAUGAUGUACAAAUGAUGGAAAUUGAUAGCAACAAUACAGGCUCAGCCGCGACUAUUCCCAAUUUGGCCAGUAAACGAUCUGAUCCCUACGAAUUUGAAGAAGAUGGAUUGACUGGCAAUAAGGAUACAUUUAAAAGAAAUCAGGAAGACGACAAGAAGAAUGUCUUCGAUAACGGAGUUACAAUCAAUGGACCUUCGGCAACAAAUAUGUUCAACAACGAAGCACUUCAGCAAACGUUCAGAGAUGAACCGCCUUUUGAGAACUCUGACGAUACGUCCAGUGACGAAGCUUUGCAGGUUCAAACGCCUCCUGGUUCGAACAAAGGUAGCGACGAGUGUGGAGGGGGCACACUGCUGGUGAGACCCCCUCGGGGCAGUGGGGGAGGCAGCAUCCUCAGGCCAGAGGAGUUGAGCAAGAUGUUCCCCACCCCGCCGUCCCUCGAACACAACCCGGUCGCCUCCCCGCAGCUGUCAGACUCGACGCCCCUGGAGGCGGGUGACUACCAGCCAAUGGUGCCCUACCGGGCGCGACAAGAUAUCUAUCCAAACAUGGGCAGCCCGCAAGAGGAAGCGAUCGACGACUGGUCGUACGUCUUCAAGCCGGCGCCCAUGUGGAAAUUCGUCGGCUCAACCAAGUACGCGCCACUCACCAACCUACCAAGCCAAAACAGCCACCCUGUCACUCUACCCUCGCACUGCGUCUACAAGCCGUCCUGGCUCUUCUCGCAAGACAAGCAGCACCAGCCGCCCAUCAGGCCAGCACCGGUGCACACCUCGACACCGGGACACCAGCACGCGACACCCGGACACCACCCGCCGACACCCGGACACCACCACAUGAACCCGCAGCAGCAGCACCAUGUGGCUAUGAUGCAGCAGAUGCAUGGCCGUGUCGGCCCCCCCGGCAUGAGUCCCAUCUCGCCCUACCCGCAGAGCCCCAUGACUAUGGGAGGAUGGCGGCCGCCUUGUCCUCAGUACAGUCCGCCACCCGUCAUGGUGCAAAAGCCGUUGGUGGCGGGCCGGCCACCCGAGGCAGAUUCGCUAGUGGUGAACAUCCUACUGGGCGACACGGCACUCAACAUCUUCCGCGACCACAACUUCGACAGCUGCACGCUGUGCGUGUGCAACGCCACGCCCAAGUGUGUGGGCAGCAUCCGGGGUGCAGACGCCGCCGCCUAUCUGCCCGCCGCACCUGGCGGCACGCCCGACGACGACCCCAUACGAUGCACCUGCGGCUUCAGUGCCGUCGUCAACCGCCGCCUCUCCCAUCGGUCCGGACUCUUCUUCGAGGACGAGCUCGAGAUCACUGGGCUGUCGCCUGAGGAAACUCCGGACCACUUGGUCGAUCCAAACGCAGCGCUAUCUGUGAUGGAGCUGGUGAAGCAGCAGUGCGUGGUCGUUCACAGCCUGAGCAACUCGCUUUACCGCGCUGCCCGCCAUCACCGUCCCCUCUCCGCCCCCGCCACCCUCAGUCUGCUCGAGUUCACCGACAGCGACCGGGUCACUGUGGCCGCCCUGGAACAGGGCCGGCAAGCGCAUGUCGAGGCCACCACCGUCUCUGUAUGCAAGGUUGAAGAGAUGGCAGCGAGACAACAGCAGCAGUGCGGCGCGGGGGGUGCAGGGGGCAAGUCGCCGACAGUGCACCGAUGGGCGUUCCUGAGGGCACGUGGCCCCCGCUGCAGCCAGGACAUUGUGCGCAUCAUGAAGAGUCUGCAGCCGCUGCUGCAGGAUGCAGUGCAGAAGAAGUGCACCACUCGACUGUGGGAGGCGCCCUACACCGUGUCCGGCCCGCUCACCUGGCGACAGUUCCAUCGGCUCGCCGGAAGAGGCACCGACGACCGUUGCGAGCCUCAGCCGAUUCCAGCCCUGAUUGUUGGCCACGAAAAGGACUGGCUGUCGUUGUCGCCGCAUGGACUGCAGUACUGGGAGAAGCUGCUGCUCGAACCCUACUCCUACGGCCGUGAUAUUGCCUACAUUGUUGUUGCCCCCGACAACGACUACAUCCUGCAGAGGGUCAGGACCUUCUUCAAGGAACUCAGCUCUACUUACGAGGUGUGUAGAUUAGGGCGGCACUGUCCAAUCACGAAAGUGCUGCGCGACGGAAUCCUUCGAGUGGGCAAGACAGCUGCUCUGAAGCUGGCCAAGGAGCCGGUUGACGAGUGGUUCACCAUGAUGGGCGAGAAUGCCACCACCACUAUGCUCAAAUUAUAUGCUCAAGUGUGCAGACAUCACCUGGCGCCGCACCUGUCUCAGGUGCCCAUGGACAGGACGCUGCUCGACCCCCCCGAGGGGGCCACCCCCACCCGUCCCUCUCCCUCACCCAUGCCCCCACCCACCCCAUCCACGCCCGACGACAAGGCACCCAACACACCAAAGGGAUCCGACUCGCAAGGUAGCGAGAAGUCGGGCUCACUGACGGACGAGUGCCUGCGCGACGCCCUGGGCGGGGGCGGUGGUGCUGGGGGCGGUGGGGGUGCAGGAGGCGACUGCGGAGGCGGCGGCGGCCAUGAUGACUCGGAGGACACGGAGCCGCCGGCCAUUGUGGUCUACCUGGUGGAGCCGUUCACUCUGGGCUCCGACAACCCCGAACUGCAGCGGCUUGCCUGUCUUGGCCUCCUGCGCUGUUUCAACACCGUUCUCAACAAUCUGCCUGAUAAUGUGCGCGCCAACAUCACAUUACAAAUAAUCUCUCUGGAGAGCAUAAUCGAACUGGGCACGUCGGGCGACCGCAAGCGCAGGAGCGACCACAUGCGCGCGCAGGCACUGUCCGUGUUCUCGCAGUGUCGCCGGCAGCUGCAGCAUACGUCCAAUGUCAAAGCACUCACCGGGUUCGGCACGGCUGCUUGUGCCGAGUUGUUCCUCAAGAGCAAAGAUGAAAAGAACCGAGCACCGUACAGAGUGUACACACCGCCCUACGUAUUAUCACGUGGUCGCGAGAAGAUAGGAGGCGGUGGAGGGGGAAGCGGGGAGGGGGCUGAUGGACUGACGACGAGUAGCGACACACCCUGCUCGGUACUCUAUGUCAGCUACUGUCUAAGCGAAGAUCAAAGAUGGCUGCUGGCCACUGCCACCAACGAGCAGGGAGUCCUACUCGAGAAGGCCACUGUCAACGUCCACAUACCUAACAGGACGCGACGGAGAAAAGCCUCAGCGCGUCACAUAGGCCUUCAAAAGCUGAUGGACUUCAUUCUGGGUGUGAUGUCACAGAGCGUCACGCCCUGGCGGCUAGUGGUGGGCAGAGUCGGCAGGAUAGGCCACGGCGAACUCAAAGGGUGGAGUUGGUUGCUGAGCCGGAAAUCGCUGCAGAAGGCGUCGCGCCACCUGAAGGAGAUCUGCGGCCAGUGCUCGCUGCUCUACCCACACGACAUGCCUUGCAUCCUGUCCGCCUGCCUGGUCUCGCUGGAGCCGGACUCUGCUCUGCGCAUGAUGCCCGACCAGUUCACGCCCGACGAACGAUUCUCGCAGAACUCGGUCAAGUGCCAGCUCAGCACGCCGCACGACGUCACCUGCACACACAUACUUGUCUUCCCCACCUCGGCCACCACACAGUCGUCGCAGACAGCCUUCCAAGAGCAGCACAUCAACGGGCCGGAGCUGGGUGACGAGGAGCUGUUGCGUGCUCUCAACGAUGACAUGCAAACGGACGGCCUGGGUGACUUCAACAUGGGCGACAUCUUCACGUGGGACGCCGACGGGGUGGCAGGUGGAGUGCGCAGUCCGCCUCCCUGCUCCUCGCAGCCCAACUCACCCAGCUCCUGUCUGCCCCCGCAGGACAGUCCCUUCCAGUGCAACGCCAACAGUCGGUCUGGCGAAGUACAGGAAGAGGUGGGUACGCUGCUACAACAGCCGCUGGCCCUGGGCUACCUGGUGUCGACUGCCCCCACGGGCCGUAUGCCCCGCUGGUUCUGGUCGGCUUGCCCCCACCUCGAGUCGGUCUGCCCCGCCUUCCUCAAGAACGCCCUGCAUCUGCACAGCACCGCCAACCAGCAGAACUCGGACGAGCUGCUGCAGCAACAGUCGGCCUCCGCCGGACAUCCGCUCGACUCGCAGUACACCACCGAUGUUCUCAGGUAUGUGCUGGAAGGCUACAACGCCCUCUCGUGGCUGGCCCUGGACUCGAAUACACACGACCGCCUCUCCUGUCUGCCAAUCCACAUGCAGGUGCUCAUGCAACUCUACCACAUGACCUCCGCCUUCGUUUGACCACCGUAAAAUCUAGUUCCUCCAUUAAACCUCUCUCCAUCUCCCCUCCCCUCUUUAUAUUCUCAUUAUCAUAAUUAUUAUGAUUACAUUGUUAUUAUGAUCAUCGUCAUUCUACCAAAUAGAAUCUAAACUAAAAUAUAACUUACUGACUAAAAGUAAAAACAUCACUAAUUAGAAAAAGUAUCAAAUCGAAAAAUGUAAGUCAUGUAUAAAAAUAAUGUAUUGUUAGUUCUCAAAUCUAUUGAAGUAAAAUAUUAACCAAAUAAUAAUACGGUUUAAAAAUGGUAUUGAGUUUCAAAUUUGUAACUGAGCCGAGAAUAUUGUUCCCCGAAGAAGUGAUAUUAUCAAGUUAGCCUAAACACUAUUAUUCCCCAAAGAGCUGAUAUUAAUAAAAUCUAAUACUCAUUUUGGAUGCAAUCCCAAAACGGUCUAUGGAAAAGCAUGAUAUGCUUGAUUCACAGUUUUAAUUGAUCGUUUCAAUGUAGGUACGUAUACGAAUGAAAAACAAAUCUAUUACAGGUUUUUUCGUAAAUUUUAAUUGCUGAAAACGUGGGGCUUUGAUUAUUUGACGCGUAGAAUUUUAUUCAGAUGGCCUAUUCAAUUAAGCUACCUGUUUCUAUGAAAUGAAUACAUUUUUAAAUAAAUAUUAAACAUUGCAAUUUUAAAUAAACAUUUCGAAUAACUUAUUAAUAAAUUUGCAGCUUCAUUUUGACAGAUGAAUAAAAUAUUUAAAAGAAAUUUCUCUUAAUUCCUGAAUAUUAUCUUAAUAGUUCCUGUAUAGUUUUAAUCCACGAUAAUUUAAAUCAAGAUAUUAAAUAUGUAUGGUUGUGUUAAUUUUCAUAUUUAAUUUGACCGAUGAAUAUUAUGUACAAGGUUGUACUUAAUAAUUAUUAUGAUUAUACCUUGCAAAUAAGGUAUGUUUAUUGAAAUUUUCAAAGAAUUGACUAAGUGAGAAAUCUCUGUUCUUUCGAUGAUCACUGUCUCUAUCAUCACAAUAAUUGAUUAUUGGUAAUGUUAUUGAGUUACUGUAUCACGUAUAUACAUUUUAAAAGAGGUGUAAGAACAACUAACUUGAAAUAGAUUGAAUUUAGCAAAAUUCUUCAAUGUUCAAUUUUAUCUUGGAAGUGGGAUAACAGAUUCCAAGCUCAAUGUUUGAAACAAUUGUAUUUUAAUCUGUGUUAUGAAUACAAAAAGUAUAUAUCGAAGACAUCACAUAGAAACAUAAUAUUCCAUUAAAUAAAUUCUAAUUAUUGCAAGUCUCCUAGUAGGCGAGCAAUUUUAGUCGAAGAAAUUUUCCACAUCUACAGUACCGAAUGUAGUGGGACUAGAUAAUGUUCAUUUCUCAUUUAGUAUUAUUCUGCUUUAACUUUUUCAACCUCAAAGUUUAUUUGAAAAAAUGAAAAAUUAAUUUAUUUUAUUAUUAGCAUAAAUGUUUCACUUGUUAUAAGACGAAAUUGAUAGUCCAGAAUUUCAAACCAAUUUGAGUUAUAAUAGUGUUUCAAGGUGUGUUGACUUUUACAUCACAUUCAUUGGCAAUCGCCGAAGAAGUUCUGUUGAAUUUUCAAUAAUGAUAGAAGAAAAAAUGGGAUUCAACUCACUGCCACAAUUUAUUGUGUUCUCAGUAGUCCUAGAAUCGUGAUCUAAUUUUUUUGAAAAUUCGUUACUUCAAUAGCUGCUACGCAUGUUACAUUGGGAAACUCUUCCUUCAUUCCUAUGUGGAUGAAAUUUAUUUUAUUUCAAAAGUCUAAUACAUUUUGUACUGUUCAUUUAUUAGGGAAAAUAUUCACCUGUGAACUAAACUGCUUCAAAAUAAGAAUUUCAUUAAAUUAAAUUUCCAAUACUACCCUAUUUUCUUGACGGUCAUAAAAGCUGUGAUUUGACGGUCACAUUUUUUUAUUUAUCUCAGCUCUCCUUUAAAACUUUCUAGUUGGUUGUAAAUACGAAACUUUAUUGUAUAUUGUUGAUUAUAAUUAAUAAUGUAAGAAUUGUUGUUCUUAUAAAUAGAGUUAUGUUGAUUUUAUGUAACUUAUUGCAUAAAUGAUUUAGAAUUUUUCAAUUGAUUGAAUUUACCUAAAUUAUGAUCACCAUUCAAAUAGUACGAACAAUAUUAUUGGUUGUGUUAUUUAAUGGCUUUCUCGAUUCUGUUAUUUUCUUGAGUUACCUUUGGUGAUUGGAAUGGAAUACUGUAUCUAAAUUCAGUAUCAGUCAAAAUUGAUUGAAUCUAGAGAAAUUUUCCAAAAUUGAUUUGAAAACAAGUUUUGUUUCCAGUAUUGAUAAUUUUUCUACAUUAUGAAUUCAAAAAAGAGUAAAGCAAGGCUUCCAUCACAGUAAAUUUCAUGUCGUUUGUAUCUCUUGUGCGUAAAUCUUUCCAGAUAUUAAGAUGAUAACAAGAAUCUAUCUGUGUUAAUUUUUUGUGUAAGUUUAUACAUGUACAGUUAUGAAACUGGUUCGAGCCAAAGUGAAAUGUAUGUACAUGUGAAUAUACCAUACAGAUUUGUAUGUAUUUUGUACGUUUACUGUUCAUGUACAUAGUUCAGUACAAUGUACAUUACUAGAUUUGAUUCAAUCAAUGCUGAACUGGUUCAGAACUUGUAAAGUGUUAUUUGUUUUUUAUCUCUAUCGUUUAAGCGUAUAUAGUGUGAAUACUGUUUUGUUUCUUGUAUAUAUUAUAUAUCGGUACAAUUAAUGUAAGAAAGGCUUAACGGACUAAAUAUCUCUGGGACUAUAUUCAUAGACCAGACACCAAAUGAACCAAAGGACUCAAAUUUGGAUUUGAACAAAAAUAUUAAAAUAAUAAAGCAUAAAAAGGAAUUGAUUAUAGUUGUUGAGAAAGUAUUUUGAACCCCGAGUGUUUCGAUAAUAUUUUGUAAAUAGAAUCACUUGACAAAAGAAAAUAAUAAUUAUUGUUUUUAAAUGAAUAAUAGUUCUGUAUUCAACUCCAGUGGGACGUAAAAUAGUCUUAUUAAAAUACUAUUGUUUUCACAUAGACUAUUAGAAAUAAUAAUUUAAAAAUUGAUAAUUUAUAAAAAGGUAGUUGCAUCAUUUUGAAGCGUGACUAAUAAAAAUGUAUUCAAACCGAACAAAACUAAUAAUCCUUGAUAUUUUUCAACAAUUUGCUUUCCAAAGCUGUUUUUAAUCCACAAUUAUUUAAAAAAAUGUAUCAAGAUCAAAGUAUAAAAGAUACAAGAUCAAAACCUGAGUAAUAAUAAAAUUGUAUACAAACAACUAAGAAUAUUCAUUAAUAAAAUAAUUAUAAAUAAAUGAAAAUUCCCAUAAUUUUUUCCAAGAACUUGCUUUUCAGUUUUCAACUUUCAUUUCCGAUGAAACUCGUGAUCAACGUGAACCUUCAUAAUGAGAUUGUAGAGAAAUUGAUUUUGUGUCAUUAAAUAUAAAAUAAUUCAAUUUGUUCAACUUGGUUUUUUAUUGGCACGCUCUUGAAAGUGUGAAAUUUGUAACUGCUAAAUUUGAUGAAAAAUUAGUUGAAUUAAUCGUAAUUUUUCUACAAAUAAACUAUUCAUCAAAGAUCAGUAAAUUUUAGAAUCCCAUUAAAGUCAGUGAUCAAUAAUAUAAGCAUCGCCAUUCUGGAAACAACUAUAUAUUGCAAUAAUGCUUCAGUUGUAUGUUUUCGAAUAUUGCUAAUUGAUACAAAAUGUAAGGACAGAUUUUUUAUAAUACCCAAAACACAAAGUAUUCUCAAUGACGGGGCCAAAUUCAGGAAGAAACCAACAAGCUCCCACUAUUAAUCUAUCACGCCUGCGCCUGAGGGUUGAUCACUCUAACCAUUUUCAUCAAUUCCAAUCUCAAUAAUAUUAAUAUAGAUUCCAGCCGGGAAAAAUUGAUAUAAUAUUAUGCAAAUCAAUAAAAAGUGAUCUUUUACCACUAAAUUAAAAAAAUAUCAUUUUUUAUGAACAAAAAUAGAAUAAUUUGUUGAAGGAAUAUAAUAGCACAUUUAAUAAAAGUUGAGAAUUAUCUUUUUUCAAAUACGGUAGCUCAGACAAUGUAUAAGUAUGCUGUUUUAUAGAUUUUUAUUGCAAUGAAACCAGGUAAUUUUAUACAAUAGUCAAUAACAAUAACGUUCCAACUAUUCAAGUAAGACAUUGUUUUAAUAUUUUUCAUUGUAGUUUAUCAUUUACAGUUACAAUUUUUCUUAAGCUUUUAUAACGUUUUUGAUAAUACUGUACAUCAGCUUUUGUUGAAUGUUCCUGUUGUGUUUUAGAGUAAAUUGUCAAUUAUUUUUUAAUUUUAUUUUAUAAUAUGUAUUGUUAUAAUGGAAAUACUUUUUAGCUUUUGAUACUACUUUCAAGUAUUGAUAUUUUUAUUUCUCAAAUGCGCUUUCCAUUGCAAAUCAGGUGUUGAUUCACCAAGUAUGGUUGGUUCAUCGAUUUCGUCUGCAAUAAUUCAAAUAUUUGUUGUACUUGCUUACUAAUUCUUCCACCAAUCUUCCAAUGAUGAUAUUGUAGGCUAGUAACGCGUAAUUUCUGCUUGAACUUAAGUGAUCGAGAUCUAUGAAAAGAAAAUGUAGUCUAUAAUCAGCCAAGUAUAAUAUCAGUGUUGAACACCAAUUAGUUAUAACUAAUGCAGUUAUAUAUUAAUAAUAAUUUGAAAGACUAGCAUAGAUUUGAUAAUGACAUUAUCAACUAUAAUUUGUCUAGAGAAAAUUAAAUUUUAUACUUGAGUAUAAUACAGAUAUUAUUAUAAGCAUAACAUGAUAACGUACCUAUUAUGUUCCACAAUAUCAUGCUCCAAUACAAUUAUUUCUAAAACGUUCAACUUUGUCGAUUUAAUUAAGAUUCAAUAUUACUGAGAAUUUUACUUACUUGUUAGUAAAAUUGCUUGGAAACGUCAAUUAUACUGUAAUAUAUAGAAUUGCCCGUAUUGUCAGAUGUGAGUAAAUUCAUAACUACAUAUCCUUAACACCCUCAGGCGUAUUUUUGUCUUGGAAUUUCAAACUUUUGUUCCUGCUUUAUGAAGUAGUAGAUACAUUUUGAUAUUCUAAUACACAAUAAUUAUAAACAUGUACAGAACCAACAGCAUAAUAUAUCAGCUACUCUCACUAGAGUGAUUGUUUUCAGGAGAAAUUGGUAUUAUUAUGGUUGCUGGUGCAAUGCAAUUAGAUAUUGUACAGUUAUCGCAAUGGAAACUAAAUCAGAUUAUUGACGAUAUAUAAAUAGCUAUUGAUUUAAAUAAUAUUUAUAGGCAAAUUAUCAAUUAAUGAGUUGAUUAUAUAUUGUAUAUUAUGAAAGUACAAACAUGACUUAUUAUAUUAAAGAAUAAGGAAGAAGUCUUAAUGUGCAUGUAAAUUUUGUAUCUGUUUAGAAUAGGACAAACAACACACUUGUUAGAUUUGUAGCAUAAUAUAAUAUUGGGGUUGUCAACAUGUUAUUUCGUAUUAUGAUAUUAUUAAUGCAUAUUAUUAUCACUAUUAUUCAUUAUUAAAAGGGAAAUUUUGAAUUUU